AUGGGCAGCCUCGAGUACCAUUCCGACUUUUAUGUUCAGGCGGCGCCGAUCGCAGCCUACGAGUCAUACGUCCAGACUAUUGUCAACCGCUACAAGGAUUCGCCCGCCAUUUUUGCCUGGGAGCUCGCAAACGAAGAGCGUGGCUCUGGCUGGCCUAGCACUGCUCGUCCUGGCUUUUCAGCUUCGGACCUCACCAAGUGGAUCAAGGACCGCUCGGCCUUUGUAAAGUCCCUCGACCCCAACCACAUGGUGGCCGUUGGUGACGAAGGCUACUACAACUGGGCUGACUCGACCGACUACAUCUAUGACGGCGAUUCCUCGCUGGACUUUGACGCCAACCUGAAGCUUCCCAACAUUGACUUUGGCACCUUCCACCUUUACCCACAGAGCUGGGGUAAGACGCCUACUCUUGAAUGGGGAAACACCUACAUCGAGCAGCACGCCAACAGCAUGAACCAGAUUGGCAAGCCCGUCCUCUUUGAAGAGUUCAACCUCGAGGGCUGGCCCGAGCAGCUCUCGACCAUGACUGCUUGGAUUGAAAAGGCCAAGGAAGUCGGCCUCCCGGGUAUCAUGCCCUGGGGUCUCGGUGCGCAGGACAUGGACAUUAGCGGAACCACCGUCUACUACAACGGCAACGUCGGAAACCUCUCGGGCAUGGACAUCUACCCGUCCAAGACUGAGCUCUGGGACGUCCUCAAGGCCAUGGGCCAGUGGAUGCCUGCCAACUGCGGCGGCACUACCACCCCGGUGACCUCGACAGCCUCCCCCGUCUCCUCCACCUCGACUCCUGAGACGACCACGGCCGCGCCCACCUCGUCUGACCCCGUCACCGCCACCCCGUCUGACCCCGUUACCUCGACCGACUCCUGCUCGGCCGCGCCCGCCACGUCGACCACCGCCUCGUCCUGCGCCGUUUCCAAGUGGGGCCAGUGCGGCGGUGUCAGCUACACCGGCUGCACCACCUGUGAAUCUGGAUCCACCUGCACGUAUGGCAACGAUUGGUGGUCCCAGUGCCUGUAA